UGUUCCACGCCAGCAGGGCUGUAAAGAAGGAAGAUCUGGGACCGGUACGCACACGCGUUUCAGGCCUGUGAGUAAUACACACAUCCGAGAGAUAUAUAUCUCGAGGGUAGGAAAAGAUAGGUAAGGCGAGCAGCGCUGUAGGGAAAACGACGUGAUGUAAAUGAGCUCGCUGUUCUGCUGCACUCUCGCGGAUAAGGCACCGCGGCAUCAUCGAUGACGAGGGGAGGCAACGGCGUGCACAGCAGCACCCAGAGGAGCAGCAGCAGUAUCGCCGCCGGCCUUCGCAGCGGUAGCAGGAAGACCACAGCAGCAGGAGGCACAGCAGCAGCAGCAGCAGCAGCGACGGCCGCCAACUCCGCCGAGGAGGUCGCGAGAGGCCUCGAGGCGCUCGAGGCAGUCGCCAUCGCGGCCAAGACCUCCUCCAGCCGAUCGCCCCCGGGGACUCGGAACGGAUCCUUUUCGUCAACAAUCGGCGGCGGAGACGACUUCACGCCCCUGCGGUCGGCGGACUCUUGCCACACGGUGGAGGCCUCAGACCCGCCAGGCUGGAGGGGGAGAGGGCGGAAGGAGGAGAGAGGGAUGGCGGCCCUCAAGAGCGUGGCCGGGUUGCACGGUUCGUCGUUCCCCGGUAGCAGCGCUUCCGCAGCCGGCGACUGCACUACUUCUCUGCCGCUGGCGGAGUUUCCUCGGCUGCAGUCAAGCACGCCUCCGCCCAAGCCCGCCGGGUUAUCACUCGUCCGCAUCAACAGCGACGCGUCGACGAACAGCGGCGCUGGCUUCGGCGGCGCCGCCAACACCCGGAGCACCUCCGAGUUUUCUCCCUCCUUCAUGGCGAGGGUUGCCGCCGGCGGGAAGAACGCAGCACCAGGCGGUAAUAGCAACUCCUCCUCCGCCGACAACUCGCCGGAAGUGCGGUUCAAUAAGUCGAGGGACUCGGUGCUGAUCCUGAAGUCAGCCCCCGGGGUCUGUCGGAGCAGGAAGGCGAGUUCGUCCGGUUCUGCGGCCGCCGCGGGAGGGUCGGCCAAAAACAACGCUUCCCAAGGUGGGGAAAAGACCAACGACACGAUCGCCGCUGCCCGUCGGAGCCUCCGUAGGACGGGGUCCCUCCCCGUAGCCGACGCCAACAACAAUAACGCCUCCGUCGCGGCGGUGGUGGCGGCGGCGGCCGCGGCGACGGGUGCUCCAGACGACCAGCAGCAGCAGCAGCCGAAGCGGUCCUCUUCUUCCUCGUCGUUGAACAAGAUGCAGCAGAUGUCCCCUCGCGCGAAAGGGUUCAGCGCGAUAAUGUUUCACGAGAGCUUCACGUCCGUCGACACCAAGGCCGGCGCCGACCCGAUCAAGAAGCAGCAGCGGGGCUGGUGGGUGGAAGAGAACAACCACCACCCUCUAUCUCCACCGCCAACGCUGUCAAGCCCCCCUCGACGGCGUGCCCCUCCACAGCAGCAGCAACAGCAACAGCAGCAGCAGCAGCAGCAGCAGCAGCAACAGCGGCAGCAACUACAAGGGCAACAGGCCAGCGAAGGUGUCGUCGUUGUCGCCGAAGACCCCCGGUCUGCGCGGGGUGGCGGUAGCGGCGCCAGGAGGGUCGGCGCGAGCGUCGCGGCCUUGGCGGGAGGAAGCAGCAUCGCGGCCGAGAACGAACAGCUCAAGCUUGAGAGCAGGCGGCUCGCGAGCGCGCUGUCUACGGCGAGGGAAAGCGCGGAUAUGACGAAGGAGCGAUCCAGGGUGCUGGCCAAGCAGGCGACUUUGCGGGUGCGAGGGGCGGAGGCUCAGCGUGCGGCGGCGGAGGAAGCCGCGAGGGAGGCACAGGCCAGGGCUUACAGUCUCAGUGCAACCGUAGAGGUGCUAAAGAGCACCGCGGAUUGUGGUGUGUGGGCCGAAGGAAGGCGCCUGACGACGAGAGAAAUCGAAGCCGAGGGCAUUCUGCAGGAGAUGGACAUGGAAAGAGCUGACCUUCAGGAGCAGCUGAUGGCGGUGAAAAUGGAGAACAAAAUUCUCCGGUCCAGAGCCAUGGGCGUCCCUCACACUCCGCGGACGCGUUCCUUCUCGGGGGCAACCUCCACGACCAAGGACAAGGAGCUGGAGCAGGACGGGGACCUCAUGAGAGAACUGAGCCCUCUGCCGGUCCCCCGGUCCUUCGAAAGGCCGAAGGCUAGGGGCAUCUCUAUGGCUCGCGACUCGGUCGGGAGCGGAGAUGAGGGGCCAGCGAACGGUAGCGGCGGGGAAGGUUCGAGGCACCGGCGGGGGGGGGCGCGGGGUUUCCUGAGAAACGUGUUGGGGCCCCGCGUGAGAUUCGUCCAGCUGGACGGCGCCGGGGGCACCUUGUUUGGAGGCGCAGCUGGCGGCAGCCCGCCGGUGGCCUCACCAUCAUCAUCAUCAUCAUCGUCGUCGUCGUCGUUGUCAUCGUCCGCACCGCCGCCGCCUACCGAGAAGCUCCGGGUGGUGGCGAAACCAUCCGCAGAACCUCCGCCGCCGCCGUCGAAGUCCGCGAGGGUGGCGCGAAUGGGUACGCGUGGAGGGGGGGCACUGCCGUUGGCGUUGCCCUGGUCGAAGGAGCUCGUUCUCUGGUACGGCAGGGUGUCUCUCGUCCUCGCUCCGUGUGCAUCAGCGGCAGCGCAAACAGACGUUCCCAAGGCGCCAGCGACAGCGGCGCACUGGAUACUCUUGACAGACGGCGCUAUGUAUGUAGUCGAGACCCGAGGGAUCGGGGCUGCAGCAGAGGGCGAGAGACCAGCAGCAAGAGAAACCAACGGUCUCUGUUGCCUCAAGCGACACCGCUUGUGGAGCCUGAGCCUGCCGCUAGAGACGCGCGCCUUGCCCAAUGGGGAUGAGGUGGCGGUGCGAAGCACGGUGGUCGUCUUGCGGCUCAACCUGGCCGAGGAGGAAGGCCGGGGGCCCGGUAGAGGGCGGGAGGGGGUGGGGGGGGUGGGGGGCACCGCGGCGAGAAGCGCGGGCGCCGCUGCGAUCGAGCGGGGUUACCUGUGGCUCUCGUGUGACACCAACGAGGCUCGGGGCGAGCUGGUAGAGCGCAUAGUCGAGUGGCAUCAGUGGCGCCCGUCCCCCGCACGAGGGAAAGAUCGCGGUGCCCCUGAUGGUGUUGACGGGGGGGUUGGCGGCGGUCCCCUUCACUCGGCAGCGGAUGCAGCACGACAAGCGUCGGCGACGGCGGCAGGGAGAUUAGCGGCAGCGCCGCAGUCAAGGCGCGGUGAUGCUAGUGUAAGUAACGGCGGCGGCGGCGGUAAGGGGAGAGGGGCCGCCGGUGGCAGCAGCAGUUUUGGGUUUGGGUUCGGGGAGGAAGAAGAGAGCGAAGACGAGGAGGAAGAGUCGUUGGAGGUGGACCAGAUCUUGUUGAGCGAGCUCGUGGGAGACCUUGGGGAGGAGCGCAGCCUAAACGUGACCGCGCUGCUCCUGGCAGACACGGAGGCCCUCGAGCCCGCGGACGUCGCUAUCCGGUAGUAGUGGCAGCAGCAGCAACACCAGCAACAGCAACACAUUAGCAGCAGCGACGGCGGCGGCGGGAUCGAUCGCGAUCGCUUUCUCUGUGGGUCUUUUGUUGUCAGCAUAAACCGUGCUAAUCCGGCUGACCAAUGAAAAGACGCUAAACUCAGUGCGGUUGAAAACACAAGAUGAUUUUGAAGGUCAUCAUGAUCUGGGACACCCCGUGAGGGAGCGUCAUUCUCGUUUGGCCGUCGUAGGUGCGAUCGUUGCCGCCGUAAUCGCUGCGGCUAGCCACUCAAGAUAGAUAAACAUGCAUCCCUUUCCGGCAGAUGCGCAGCUCAUGUCUUUUUUUCUCUGUAUUUUUACGUGGUGGGUGGAUGGAUAACCGCCCAUCCGAUGGUGUAUCUGUUAUAGUCCCUUCGAGGCCUCGUCGUUACGUAGCAUCUCAAAUGUUUAAUUGUACGAGUCACGUUUCGUUAUUGUGGUGUAUCAAGUGCUGGCUGAGGGCGUUGACCUGCGACCCAGUGCCAUUCAUUGUCGUAGCGAAGCGCUCGCGCGGUGCACGCUGCAACACUUUGUGUACAGCAGCAACAGCAGCAGUGUUGCGGUAUUCGAUGGUGUUCUUCUGCUUGCAUGUGGUAGCCCGUCAGUCCCUCUGAAGGUUGCAGUCUCCCUCUCCUGCUGUAUCAGAGUAUGCUGUUUUUGGCGAUGUGAGAGGAUUGUUGGCUGUUUUGUUUGUACCAACGAGAUUAUUGGGCACGGCUGUGCGGUUUUGAGUUUUGUUCCGCGGCAUGAUGGAUGGACCUCUGGUGGCGUGCGGUAUUUUGUCUCUUCCGAUAUGCCACAGACGGUGCCACCAGUGCGCCAACACUGCCCCUCUCUGUGGUGUCGUCGUCGCACGGUGUGUUGUUGUCCCCGUGCAAGCCCAGCUUCGUCGCGCAGAGCUAACUCAGUUGGUUCGCGUUUUCCGCACUCGAUGGGAUGUAGCGUAGACUUUCACGCAGACCUCCCCUUCUCCAAAAGUUAUUGGGCGAGACAGAGGAAGUGGUUGGGGGGGGGGACGUCCAUCCUCCCCGACGGGGGGGGGGGGGCAUCAGUCCUCUUUUACUUGAGAAGGACGUAAGAAUUGUGUGUUUUGGGAGUGGUCUAACCAGGGAAGGGAGGCUAGGACGCGGAAGGGGGAGAUCUAUUGGAGCUCGAGCUUGGUGUUGGAGCACGAUCCGAAUGCAGAUCUAAGGACUACAAGGAAAAUAACACUAUGUUUUUCUCGAUUGCAAAGCGCGAGGAAGGGAUGAUGGACGUAAUUGCUGUUUUUUCGUGUUCGAGAGCGUUGCCGACAGCGGCCUCAGCACGGCGGAGGCAGCAGCAGCAGCAGCAGCAGCAGCAGCAGCAGCGCAUGAUGCUAGGCCCGACGGUGGUCCCAUGGGCGGAGAUGGAGGAUGAGGUCGGCACAAUCCGUUGUUUUUUGACGUUUUGUUAAUGGUGGUGUUAAAGUACGUCGAAGUAGGCUAGGUUGUGGAGGCCUUUGUUGGUGGGUAGUGGUCCUUGUCUAGUCGCCUCUUCGAUGUCGCUGGUGGCGGCGGAAGGCUGCGUGACAAAUAAUUAUUUUUUUAUUUUUUCCAGUGGGACGAAAGGACAGCUAAAUACCACGCUACCGAGUACUAGCUUGCUUUUGCAGGAUUUCCCCAGCUCAGUCAUGUACAAUUUUCUUCUCCUUUUUGUGAGAAGGACGCUCCGCAACUACAACACGACCAACCCCGGUCUUCGCAGUCGGAACCGUCUUCACGAUUGUGUUUGUCGUCGCCUUCGACGACCAACAAAGUGCGUGCCACGUGGCGCCGCAGCUUUCGAGUUUCCCCCCAUGGUUGACUUUUUUGUUUUUGCUCUUGUUCUUGAUCGUGGCGUUGUAAUUGUGCAUGGCGUCUUUCCACGGCCAGUAUUUAGCUCACGAGAAACGGUGUAAUACGGCACACACCCCCUGUGCACCAGGAGGGUCGUGCAGGAAGAAAGAACGCGACGAAUAUUGAGUGUAUGUAAUCGUGAUAAAAUAGGCUCGUGUGUGUUUUUAGACAUUCGCUGUCGUCGGGUUGUGGACGACGGUAUUCAGUAGUCAUGAUAGCCACCGGUCUCUUAGUUGUUCUGUCUUUAUUAUCUCUUCAAUUCGUGUGCUGUUUUUGUCCUACGAGCACCGCUCGGUGGUGUUGUGGGAGAGCGUGUUUGUUGUGUGUGCUUCGGCCGCUCGCUGUGACUAGGAAGUGGUGAUGUGGGGGAGAGCGUUUUUUUGUAAUUUCAUACCUACCACACACGUGUGUGUGGAUUAGCGAGGACGAGCGAUUUGUGUGUUUGUUUUGACGUAAGUCAAGUAGGGUGUGCACCAAGUGCGGCCUUGCACAAGAGAUGGUCUACUAUUUUGACCCAUCCUAUGCAUAGGGUGCGCAUUCAGGCAGUUGCAAGCAGUGGGCCUUGCGCAAGGAAGAUCUGACGUCUUCGACAUCCAUCCAUCCUUUUUCUGUGGCCGUACAGGGAGGUGUUCCAAAGGUCGCAGC